AUGAAGGGAGUGCUAAUCUGUGCUGUGACUCUCUUACUGUGUGAGUUCUGCUUUGCAGGGCCCACGUGCAAAGGGUCUGUCCCAGCGCCGUUUAAACUGGACCUGGGAAAGGACUCAGCCACAGGCACCUGCUGGGUCUUCGGAGACCCACACUACCGCACGUUCGAUGGCUACUACUUCGACUUCAUGGGCAACUGCACAUACACAAUGGCCAAGAACUGUCACGUGGACGGAACGCAUCCUGCCUUUGAGGUGGAGGUCAGAAAUGAGAACCAAGCUGAAGUUCAGAUAACUUUUGUUGAUUCGGUCAUCAUCAAGGUCCAUGGCUACACCAUCAACAUGGCCCGUGCAGAAUAUGGGUUUGUGAUGGUUGAAGAAAACAAAUGGAGCCUUCCGGUAAAUCUGGACAACGGCAAAGUCCGACUUAUUCAAAGUGGUCUCACGGUCAUCGUGGAGACAGACUUUGGCCUUAGAGUGCAGUACAACUGGGGCCAGUAUUUGCUGGUCAGUGUACCGCGCAGCUUCAUGGACAAGGUGUGUGGCCUGUGUGGGAACUUCAACGGCAAUGACAAGGAUGACCUCGCCACUCCUGACGGCACUUCGGUCAGCAGCGUGGGCGAGAUGGCCAAGAGCUGGAGAGUGCCAGGCGCGGACGCCGGCACCCACUGCAGAGACGAGUGCACCGGGCGCUGUGCCACGUGCGCCAAGAACGUCCAAAUGGACGCGAGUGGACGGCAGUUCUGCGGCCGUCUGACCGAAACCUUCGCCGGGCCCCUGAGACAGUGCGCCGCAUUGAUCACGCGCCAGGUGUACAUGCAGAAUUGCAUGCAUGACGUGUGUCUGGGGAAGGCCAUGAAGAAGUUCCAGUGUGACACAGUGCAAGUCUACACAGAUGCCUGCCAGCAAGCUGGUUUCAAGGUGUUGAACUGGAGAGCAUUUGCUGGCUGUCCUAUUCCCGAGUGCCCCAAGAACAGCCACUAUGAGUCGUGCGGCAACGCCUGCCCAGCCACCUGCGGAGACCCCGACGCGCCCAGCAGAUGCGAGGCCUACUGCGUGGAGACGUGCACCUGUGACGAUGGCUUCGUCCGCAACGGAGACGAGUGCAUCCCCCAGUCUCAGUGCGGGUGCUUCCACAGCGCCACUGGGAGCUACGUGCCACCGGGCAAGACCUUCUGGGCCAAUGACCACUGCACUCAGCAGUGCACCUGCAACCCCACCAGCAACCAGAUUGAGUGCAAGCAAGCUUCCUGUGCCUACGGGAAACUGUGCGAGGCGGUUGAUGGCAUCAGAAGCUGCGUUCCCAACAUGUUUGGAACCUGUAUGGUGACAGGCGACCCCCAGUUUCUGACCUUUGACGGCCUGAAGUACGACUUUCAGGGCACGUGUGUCUACGAAAUGGCCAAGAUGUGCUCCAGUGACACCAGCCUGGAACCCUUUGAGGUCCUUGUUCAGAAUGAGGGUCAGUAUAGGCAUGAUGGUGCAUUUGUCAAACUGGUUGAGCUCAACGUCUACGGCUACUCUGUUGUUAUCAGCGACGAACACAACGGUAGAGUAAUGGUGGACGGUGAGUUUGUUAAUCUGCCAGUCCGUUUGGGAAACAACAAGCUCUUUAUUUACAAAAGUGGGUGGUUUGCCGUGGUGCUGGCUGACUUUGGGCUGCGCGUGCAGUACGACUGGGUGAACACCGUGUUCCUCCGCGUGCCCAGCGACUACAGCGGCGCCAUGUGCGGCCUCUGCGGCAACUACAACUACAAGCAAGCCGACGACAUGGCAAUGCCCAACGGCACACUGGCGUCGUCUGCCACAGAGCUCGGGCAGAGCUGGCGCGUGGCUGAGAUCCCGGGGUGCGUCGACGGGUGCGGCGGCCAGUGCCCCAACUGUGACAUCACCGAGGAGAGGACGUACGAGACGGUGGAAUUCUGCGGCAAAAUCCGGGACCCAAAUGGACCCUUCCGGCUGUGCCACCCCCACGUGGACCCAGAGAGUUACUAUAAGACCUGCUUGUACGACGUGUGCCUCAGCCACGGGCAGAGACGCGUGCUGUGCGACAUGCUGAAAUGGUACACUGCGGCCUGCCAGAGAGAGGGAGCUGAGGUUCUGUCAUGGCGAUCAGAAGAUUUUUGUGAUGUUCAAUGCCAAUCCCAUAGCCACUAUGAACUGUGUGCAAAAGGAUGUCCUGCCACCUGCAGCAACCUUAUGGCUCCCACAAAAUGUACAGAGAACUGCCAAGAAGGCUGUGCCUGUGACGAUGGCUACAUUAUGAGCGGAGACAAAUGUGUGCCUAUUACACAGUGUGGUUGUGUCUAUGGCAACAAGUACUACAAAAAUGGACAGGUUUUCUAUCCAAAUGGAAAAUGCGAAGAAGAGUGCACUUGCGACGGCACAGUGGAGUGCAAGAAGUUCUCCUGCGGACCCAAUGAGAUGUGUGUGGUAAAGAACGGCGUCAGGGCAUGCCACCCCGUUGGCGUUGGCAUUUGCUCCAUCUCAGGGGACCCCCACUACAACACGUUCGAUAACCUCACCUACACCUUCCAGGGCACCUGCACCUACUCUGCUGCCAAGACCUUCAACAUCGAGGGCACACACCUCCAGCCCUUCUCGGUGGUGGUGGAGAAUGAGAAGUGGUACGGAGAGUCCAGAGAUCCAAACGUUUCUGUGGCCAAGGCGGUAAUCGUGGAGGUUUACGGGCAAAAAUUGGUGCUGAGGAAGAACCAGAUAGGACAGAUUUUGGUAGAUGAAGCCUUGACCCGUGUACCCUUAAAUCUUAAUGAAGGACAAAUACAGGUUUACGUGACUGGCACACAUGUUGUCAUUACAACCGACUUUGGUCUCAAAAUAACGUAUGAUCUGGUAUACCAUGUUACCAUCACUGUUCCUGACAACUAUCGUGGCAAGACUUGCGGACUCUGUGGCAACUUCAAUGGCAAUAAGAAUGAUGAAUUUCAGCUGCCCGGAGGCAAACAAGCCACAGACAUCAAAGAGUUUGGUGCUGCCUGGAAGGAGUCUGUGCACGGUGUAGUUUGUGAUGAUGGCUGCACCGGUGAUUUCUGUCCCAAGUGUGCUGAGGAUAAGAAACACAUAUUUGAGGCUGACUGCAGCAUCCUCAAAAACUCCCACGGUCCCCUUGCUGCCUGUUUCAGCGCCAUUGAUCCAGACUCAUACUUCAGGGACUGCGUCUAUGAUGUCUGCAUGGGCGAUGGAGACCGCAACAUGCUCUGCCACAGCAUUGCUGCAUAUGUGUCUGACUGCCAGGACUUCGGUGUUGCCAUAAAGGACUGGAGAAGCCCAACCUUCUGUCCCAUGGCAUGCUCCCCAAACAGCCACUACCAGACCUGUGCCGAGACUUGUAGUCAGCCCUGCCCUGGUCUCAAGGCUUUGAUUUCCUGCCCUAAUACCUGUGCAGAGGGGUGUAGCUGCGAUUCCGGUUACUUUUUCAAUGGAACAGGCUGCGUGAAACAGGACAACUGUGGUUGCUAUUUUGAGGGACACACCUAUGAGAUUGGCGAGGCUGAAAUUAACGAGGACUGCACUGAGCGUUACUCAUGCCUGGGCUCUGGUGUGGUGAAACAGGAGCUCAUGAGUUGCAAGAGUGGCGAAGUAUGCAAAGUGACUGAUGGUAUCAAGGCUUGCUACCAUCACCACCAGUGCUCCAUUACAGCCAGUGGAGGCUUAUCUCUGUUUGAUGGGACACAAGGUGCCAUAGACAAAGAGGGAACCUAUGAGUUGGUCAAGCUCUGCAAUGACGACGUCGCGGCAGACUAUUUCAGAGUGUUGGUGGUCUUCCAGCCUUGUAAGGCAAAGGGCCAGAAUUGCAUCGGGCUGAUGUAUGUCUUCUUCAAUAAUUAUCUCGUCGCCGUUAGCAGCCAGCAAGAGAUCUGGGUAAAUGGCGUACAAGUUUCCCUGCCGCAAUCACUGAGAAACGGGAUUUCCAUUCAAGUGGCUGGCGACUCGGUGGUGGUUGAGAAGGAGUCAGUCCUCCGCGUGUCCUACGACUCCGUGCACGACGUCUCUGUGACGGUGGGCGAGACGGUGGCCAGUCAUGUGUGUGGUGCCUGCGCUCAGCCAGCGAGUAGCCAGAACUUACACUCAUGGGCAGCACCUGACUUUCCCCUUUGGUGAAUGAUUCAUACAGUACUUGUUGUUACAGAAUACUUCACAAACUAAGUUAAAAAGCUGUUUCUAUUUUUCUUUUUUUUUUUUUGAUUUUCAGCUGUCAGCGAGGACCAUGAAUAGUACUCUAUCACUAUUCCUUGCAAAAACAACAACCAGAGAAUAUUAAGAUUACUAGCCGUGCUGGUAGUAGUAGCAACAAAGGAAUGGCAGUUAAGUCCAUUUUAAUAGAAAAUCAUUACUGUAGCCUACACGUAGAUCUGCAUGAUUACUUGUAUGGAGCUCUUAUUUUGUUAGCGAUUAUGGAUAAUGUUCUGUUUAAUAAAUAUGCAGAAAAAAAUAAAUUGAUUC